AUUGUGAAACCAGAAAUGAUAUAGUCAUAAACAAAGCGUAGAAUUCAAUAACUAACUUGAUAUAAUAUAAUAAUUAUUGAUCAUUACACAGAUUGAUCUGCGUGGUGUGCUUAGAUGUGUUCGAGUAAAGUGCUGCGCUCUAGUUAGCGAUUGUAAUGUUAUCGAGAUUGAUGAACGAGUUACAGAAUGAGAAAAUGAAAAAGGGUAGUUGGAAGUGGAGACUGAAGCUAUUCCGUAAUACCAUAGUAUUCGGCUGGUACUCGUUCGGCAUUGAGAGGAGCGCGCGCGCGCUCGCGCGUUACGAUCAACAGAGGAUCGAAAAAUACUUAGGGCAGUUAGUCGCGAGCUUUGCGAUUCAUCGGGUGAUCACCACCACAUCAUCAAGUAACGUGGACUUUCACGAUCGUGCGAACAACGAUGAUUUUUUAAAGCAUGCUGUUAGCCGGUGUUGAAAAAAAGGAAAAUAAAUAAUUGGAAGAAACUAGGAAAUCGAAAUACACGUACACCUUGCAGAUAAUAGAGAAAGAAGUGGUAGAAAAAGAAACAGUCGGAAGGAAGGGGCAAAGGGAAGGGGAUAGGGAAAGGAAAAGGAAAAGGAAGAGAGAAAAGAAAAGAAAAAGAAAGAAAGAGAAAGGGGGUGAAAGACAGUGCGGCGCGAUCUUGAGCGCGGGAAGACGCACGGAAAUAGGCAAUAACAAUGCGGCAUUUUUGCACGAUUAUUUGCGUAAUUUUGUUCAUUCUAAUUUAUCGAUUAACAGAAAUCAAUGGGGAGGAAAUGGAGAGAGAAGAAGAUUCAUUUUGUCGUCCAUUCCCUGAAAUUAUUUUGCAAGGGACUAAGAUCGAUAGAUCCGAGAACGGAAGCUUAGUGCACGAUAAGUUGGUGUAUCCUGCUGGAUUGUAUCGAGUAUUUGAAAAUAAAACAUACGGAUGCACAUGUAAUUUGCGAGCAUGUUUGAGAAAGUGUUGUAAAAAGGACGAGAUUUUAGGGAAAGGUAUUCGGCCUAACUGUACUCGCUCAUCAAACGGGUUGCCUGCUCCGGUUCUCGUUCUCAAACAGCAUCAACUCGCUACUGAGAUUAAAGGAAUAUCCCGUAUAGACGAACUGUUUUUUCUCGUGGAGGAUAUGCAGUGUCCCCAGAGGUUUAUGCUCGAACCAGAACAUUUCGAAGAAGAUGAGUUCAUCCUGCUACCAAACGGUACCCUCGAAACUCCGACCGUCAACUAUGCAGCAUGGAGUUACUGUUUCGACUGGCAAGAAUCUUCCAAAAAGGUCGUCGCUCUAAUUUGCUCCUCUAAUUCGUCCAUAAUAAAUGCUUCUUCUGAUCCGGAGGAGUCUUUCGACAUUGGCAUCGUUAUUUCUAUACCGUUCUUUGUCGCGACCUUUUUCGUUUAUGCGAUCAUUCCGGAACUGAGGAAUCUCUAUGGAAAGACGCUAAUGUGUUAUGUGGCUUGUUUGAUACUCGCCUACUCUUGUCUUGUUUUUGCCAAACUGCAUUACUUAGAGUUUGUCUUCUGCUCCACAAUAGCGUUCAUCAUCCACUUCUCUUUCUUGGCCAGUUUCUUCUGGUUGAACGUUAUGUGUUUUGAUAUUUGGUGGACUUUCGGAGGUUUCCGAUCUCUACAUGGCAGCGUGAAGCAAAGGGAGCGAAAAAAGUUUUUAAUAUACUCCGUUUACGCUUGGGGUUGCGCAUCGCUACUCACCGGAAUUUGUGCCAUUAUGGACUUCCUUCCUGACAUUCCAGAGCAUUUUAUCAAGCCACAAUUUGGCAAACAUAAUUGCUGGUUUACCACUAACAAGGCAAGGGCGAUAUACUUUUACGCGCCAAUGGGCGCUACUGUGUUUUGCAACAUAUGCCUUUUCAUCUCCACGGCGUUGAAGAUCGUGCGACAUAAAAAGAAUACUGCUCAACAGCUUAAAAGCAUAGACAGUAGGCGUCACGACGACAAUAAACAAUGGUUCAAUCUAUAUUUGAAACUCUUCAUCGUAAUGGGCAUUAAUUGGUCAAUGGAAAUAAUAUCAUGGCUCUGCAACAAUUCACCGGCUUACAUUUGGUAUCUUACAGAUCUUACCAAUACUUUGCAAGGUGUACUCAUCUUUUUAAUUUUCGUUUGGAAAGAUAAAGUCAAACGACUGUUAUUAAAAAGAUUCAGUUGUCACAGAAAAAACAUUCUUUCAAGAAACUCGACUCGCAGUGCUUGUCAUAGUUCAGCGACAUCUCGUACUUGCACAUUGACGACGACGACACAGUUUCAGGAGAAAAUCGAUCCCUAUUCGAAUGAAUCUUCUCCCGGCAAAGCAAUUGUUAUGAAUUAACAAGAAUCACAAUUAGCCUGGAAAGAUUUAAAUAUAUGUGUACUUUGAUGUUUGCGCGAUUCAUAAAUACGUAUGGCCCAUGCGACUAUUUUUCGCAAAAACAUCACAAUUUUCUUCGUUUAACUUCAUUCACAUAUCACAUUCGUUACGUUCACAUGAAAACCGUGACAAAAAUAAUGCAGCGAAUUAUAUUGAAUUGAAAUGAAACAGAACGUAUCGAACUGAAACGGAAUGGAAAUCGAUAAAAAAUAAAAUAAAUCAAUAAAAAUAAUAUAGGAAAAGAAGGAAACUUCGAAAAAUGUUAUUAGUUGGUGCUUGUCGUAAAUGUUGACUCGCUUAAUAUUCGAUUCGCGUUGAAUACUUAAUCGAUUGAUGAAGAAACGAAGAAAUGUUGAAUGUAUAUUUUAUCGGAGCAUAUCUAGUCAUCGUUAGUGGGCUGUCUUUCUAACGUUCAAACUUACUACCGUAUGAUUGUUCGAUAUUUGCAUAUGAAGCGUUCAACUUUUAUUUUAUAUCGUAUAGAAAGUUGUAAUCACCGCCAAGAAUAUGCAAAUAUAAAUUAAGAAUCUUUGGAAAUUUUCAAGUUUAAUAUCAUUCUAUCGCCGAGAUAUUGUACGAAUAAAUUAGGGUUACUUUACUAUAGUGACA